AUGCGUGCGGCGUUAGAAGGCUGCGGCGAGUUCUUGAGCCAUAUCGGUGCGCUAGACAGUGCCAAUGCUAUCGCCGAGAUCCUGCACAAAACAGGUGUCGAGCUAUCGGAUACAAGUUCAUUCCGUUGGAGAGCGCUAUUUGCUGCAAUACGUAAAGAAUUGGAUGCUGAACCAAUGGACAUUGUGUUCCUGUACGAACGAAUGCUGCAGCUGGACGUUAUGAUGCUUCGAGGUCUCAGUCACGCUCUGUUUGGGUCACCUUUGUUUUUACAUCUACUAGUGGAGAGACUUGCGGUAGCUUUUGAAGGUCUGGAUGCAGAGUUAUUCAAGUUAGAGAGUGACGAGCUGUGUCAUGCUGAGGGUAUCUACGAGACGUGUGUGGUGCUCCGAGACAAGAUAGAAGAAAGCCAGAGUGACUCGGAGUUGGCGACGUUUCUUGAGACGUUUAAAAGGAUCUUUGAGCAGGACGAGCCAAAGGACUACUGGGAUGCCUUCUACGAGCAUUACCAUCUUAACAUCUCUGCCUUUCGGCGUGAUAUGAAGCGUGCAUUGUCUAUGAUCGAAUCCAUCGCACUUGGCCCGACGAAACUUGAGCUUGCUUUUCCAACGAAGGCAGCUGACAGCCAAAAAAAAGUUGUGCCGCGCGCUUUACUCGAGAAGAAAUUUGGUGGGACUCGACGGGAAUGGCAAAAACUCUCUCAGAUUACCACCAUCACUGGAUGCGGUUUCAAUCAUGUCACGGAUAACGAGCAAGCACAGCAGGAGCAAGAGGAAGAGGAAGAAACACAAAUACUCGCUAACACUGUAAAUGGUGAAACAACGGAGUCUGCACAUUCUGACGUUUCGAACGAAGCUCUGUCACCAGAGCAGCCAGUAUCAUCGAGGCCGCCUCGUGCUGCAGAAGUUGCCAGGGGCACUUGUCAAGAAGGUCGUCGCGCUGCACUACGUACCAGGGUACGAGGCGAACAGUGCGGUACCACAAAGCCUCGAUCGAUCAGUCGUCUACCGGGCCGACGUAAACGAGUACGCUGGUCAGCAGAGGAAGAGGCAGCUCUGAUCGAGGGCUACAGACUUUAUGCAAACUACUCAAACGUGUGGAUGCUAAUCAAAUCGAAGUUUCCUGUUGUGCUUCAAAAUCGGUCAAAUGUUGAUUUGAAAGACAAGUACCGCAAUCUCUUGCGAUAUGGCCUUACAAACACGAGCCAUGGCAACGACAAUGCUCGUGUCACUGAUAAUGUUGCGACCGAUGAUGACACUGAUGCAGUUGCUUAUGAAAAAGAACACGAGUGA